AUUUUAAAUGGAAGAGAGCUCAAUCCCAACCAGUUCAUCUUUGGCUGACAUGGCACCAGAUAAACAUUCAUCACUCAAGCUAUUUGGUUUUUCACUUACCGAGCAAGAGGAAGCUGAUGAUUGCAGAGAAAACAAGAAAUUCGAGUGUCCGUUUUGCCACCGAGUGUUUGCCAAUUCUCAAGCAUUAGGGGGCCAUCAAAAUGCGCACAAGAGAGAGCGUCAAAGAGCUAGGCAAGCUCAGUUUCAAAGCUAUCAACGGUUCGUAGCAGCUGCGCCUAUUUUAAGCCCCCAUUCAGUAAGGUCGAUGGCGCCAAGGUUUCCUAGAGAGUUCACCAGAAGCAGUGCCGGUAAAUUUGUGCCACAACGGCCGCCUGGUUAUUGUCCAUCCCGUCCACUGCUCCUUCCGUUUACUCCUCCUCAGUACCCUCCUCGAAUUUACAUAGCACAGUCGUUGCAUUUUACGACGGUGGUUCCAGAAUUUAGUGAAGUUUCUAGCAAAUUGCCAGAGGGGGAGAUAGGCAUUGAUCAUCUUAAGCUCUCCCCUUCUGGUUUUUAG